AUGGAGGAGCCGGAGACCCCGGAGGAGCUGCUGGUGAGGCAGCACCGAAAAGAGAAGAAGGACAUGCAGGCUCAAAUCCAGAGUAUGAAAAAUGCAGUCCCCAAAAACGACAAGAAAAGAAGGAAACAGCUGACAGAGGAGAUAGCAAAACUAGAGGCUGACCUCAACCAGAAACACGAGGAGGAAAUCAGGCAACUCAAAUCUACCGCCGACACAGAGUCCUCUGAGGUGGAGGAGGUGGCAAACGGUGUGGAGACCCUGAGGGUGGAAGAUGGAGAUCAACAAGACCUCAAGCAGCCACGGGUCACCAAAGCCCAGAAGAGAAGGGACAAAAAGGCAGCGCAGGUGAAGGAGCGGGAGAGCCGGAUAGCCGAGGCCGAGGUGCAGAACCUGCAGGGCGUGCGGCACCAGGAGGGCCUGAAGCUGGCGGAGAAACUGGCCGGGCAGCAGCUCCAGAUCAGAGAGAUCCCCUCCGACGGCCACUGCAUGUACCGGGCCGUCGAGGACCAGCUGGCGCAGCGGGCCAAGAUGUCGCCCUCCGGCCGCGUGAAACGCGGAAGAGCGUCCUGUUUCCGUCACCAUGGCAACUCCCCGGGGCCAGAGCCAGUCCCCCAGUCCCUCCAAGGCGGACAAAUGGACACGCCAAGUUUCUCAGUCAAAGAGCAAGUUGUUCGAGCUCUGUACGGACGGUCGACGUCUUUAGGUUUAAACGGGAAGAAACUGGAGGACGUCCCCGCGUGCGUGAGCAGGCUCCCAAACCUGCGCGUGCUCUCGCUGAGCCACAACCGCCUCAGCUUCCUCCCCUCAGAGCUGGUGGCUCUCCAACAGGUGAGUCCUCUUCGUUUGUUUUGCUGGAAAAGAGCCAAAUGA